AUGUCUGUUCCUGUUUAUGCUGUAAUAGAUCCCAUGUUCCAGAUUCAAAGAGGAAAAUAUGAUCCCUCUGGGUACAAGAGCCUGGGCGACAGUUUUAAAACCAUAUUCCGGACAGAAGGGCUGUUUGGUUUCUACAAAGGUCUCCUCCCUCCAAUCUUGGCUGAAACACCCAAAAGGGCAGUAAAGUUCUUCACCUUUGAACAGUACAAGAAAAUACUUGGAAAUGUUUCUCUAUCACCAGCUUUGACAUUUGCAGUUGCUGGCUUGGGAUCCGGGCUAACAGAAGCAGUUGUGGUUAACCCUUUUGAAGUAGUCAAGGUUAGCCUCCAGGCAAAUCGGGAUGCUUUCAAAGAGCAACCAUCCACCUUUGCUAAAGCUCACCAAAUUAUUCAGACCAAUGGAUGGGGUCUGAGUGGACUCAACAAAGGGCUGCCUGCUACUUUGGGACGUCAUGGAGUUUUUAAUAUGGUCUAUUUUGGAUUCUACUUCAAUGUGAAAAACAUCAUUCCUGCCAAUAAGGACCCAACCUUGGAGUUUCUCAGAAAGUUUGGAAUUGGACUGGUCUCAGGAACAAUAGCCUCAAUUAUUAACAUCCCUUUUGAUGUUGCAAAGAGUAGGAUUCAAGGACCACAGCCAGUUCCUGGAGAAAUCAAGUACAGGACCUGUUUUAAAACUAUGGCAACCGUUUAUAAAGAAGAAGGAUAUCUAGCUUUGUACAAAGGAUUGGUUCCCAAGAUCAUGAGGCUAGGACCAGGUGGUGCAGUGAUGCUGCUGGUUUAUGAAUAUGUUUAUGCAUGGCUUCAAGGAAACUGGUGAUCAAAAAUACUAAUUUAAGACUGCAAAUAAUGUAAAACAGUUCCUAUCAACUAAGACGUAUGUGCAUGAGCAUUUAUAUGCUGAGAGAAGAAAGGGAGAGUUGUACAACAAUGCGAAAUGGAUGGUCUUUGUUAUUAAAGGCCAACAGUAGAGACUAUUCUUCAGGAAAGAACGUUGAUAUUAUAUUCCAGUCCAGAUGCAAGUACAUAUCCCACUAAGUAAAAGCUACAAAAAUACUAUUUUAAAAGAAUAAAAUGUAUGUCUAUCAAGCAAAUUAAAAGUGUUUAAUUGAGCAGUCUCUCUUUGACCGAUUGAUUGAACAAUCACUAUUAAAUAUAUCUUUACACUAUUGAGAUCUUGAUUUUAGACUCCAAUCUUAUGUUCAGAUUCCUAAGUGGUUAUGAGUAGAAUUAAACUCAGAACUGAGUCUUUCUAAAUUUAACUGGAGUUGCUAUCAGGUAAGCAAUUGCUAUAUGAUUACUUGAUGAAGUAAACAACUUAUGUUAGGGCUAUCAGACCUGGGCUGCAAACCUUCAGAUGACCACUAAAUGGCGGCAGAUAGUUGGGUGGAGUUGUACUUCCCACAAGGGACCACAUCUGUACCUUCAUUACUGACUGUAAAAUCACAGGUAGUGCAAUGUCACUCUCUUGAGAAAGCAGUUUUAAUAUUAAGCACGCCCUAGUUACAGGCCAGACUAUUGCAUGACAUGCUGCUUGGAGCUGCUAUUGAAAAUGACUCCAAAAAUUGAGCUGAUUAAAGAAAUCAGUGGUUCUCGUUCUUCUUGAGGUUAGAAAGUCAAAUCAUGUAUUACAUUAAUUCUGCAUCAACUGUGCUGAUUGCCAGCUCAUGUUUUACUCAAUGUGAAAUACUUCAGACCUUUAAAACUCUAAGCAACAUUACCAUUUGCUAUUUUAAAAUCAUCUUUGAAAGAUCUGUUUGGUGACCCACCAUUAUGACCUUUAAGGUUGACAAGCAUUAGAGAGAGGUCCUUCUUAGUGAUAGCCCCCAACCCUUUAAAUUUCCUCUCUAGAGAGAACAGUCUAGCUAUGAAAGCCAUUCUUCUUUUCUUUGGCUUCUUGUUUUAUGAUUUUUAAUAUUUGCUGUCAUCAGAUAUUUGAAACUGCAUUUUGUUUUAAAUCUAAAUCUAAUUUGUUUUGUUUUAUCAUUUGAUACUUCAUAUUACUGGUUUAUAAUGCAAAUUGUAUUCAGAAGGCUGUAAUGUUGAAAGAUGGCUAUGAAAUAUAGAUUAAAAAACUUAUUCUCAAAAUUUCAAAUAAAUAGAAGUGGGAAUCAUAUUUGGAUUCUUUUUUUUUAAAUAACAUUUUUAUAAUGAUUUUUGUGGUAUAUUUUGUGCAAGAGAGAUGGAGGUAUCUUAGCAUUUUUAAAGAUAUCUGUGCUGAUAUAAACAUGUAAAAUUUUUACCUAGAUUAUAUUACACUGGCUUUUUCAAAGUGUUCUUCAGUGGUUAAUGUCAACAAAAUGUUUUGUUAUGUAAUAAGCUUUUCCAAUGUAGGAAUUAAAUGUCUUCAGAGAAAAUCAGAUAUUUCUCU